AUGAAAUAUGAAAUUAUAAGUGUACUCAAUGCCGCAGACAAAAUUUUUGAUGCUGUUAUCAAUUCUAAUGCUUCAGUGAUAGAAAAUUUUAUUAUUGUUACGUUUAAUGAUCCUGGAACAAUUUUACGCACAGAUACUACGGAUCGCGAUGAAUUUAAAAAGUCAUUAAAAUCAAUAAAAGUUAAUGGUGGUGGCGACUGUCCAGAGUUAGCGAUGUCUGGAAUAGAAUUAGCACUUCAAGCAAGUCGCCCUGGCUCCUUUAUAUACGUUUACACAGAUGCUAAUGCAAAGGAUUACGCUAAGUAUGAGAAAGUUAAAAAAUUGGCAAUAGACAAAGAGAUACAGAUUGUGUUCGUGAUAUCAGGAAUAUGUCAGAACCAUAACGUUACAUCUCCUGGAUAUCAAGUUUAUGAGAAGUUAGCUGAAUCUACAUCAGGCCAAAUUUUUACUUUAGGAAAGAGUCAAGUUAAACAGCUAUUAAAUUACGUUGCAAGAGUAGUAGAGAGUAGAAAAACGGAAUUGGCGAGAAAGAAGUUUCCCCCUGGAUACGGGUACAAAUUUAACUGUACAGUAGAUAGUGCAGUUUCGGCCCUGGAUGUAUCCGUUACAGGAAGCCGAUCAAGUGUGAAUAUAACAGAUGGCGAUGGCAAUGCAGUUAAAGUGAACGAUAUCGUGAAUAUUUCAAAAGUAAAGGUUGUCAACGUAAUAGAUCCAAAACCAGGUGUUCAUAGUGUUGAAGUAGGAAGUUUAAGUGAUACAGCAGUGACGGUGCUUGGUACCACUAAUGUUGAUUUUCAAUAUGGAUUCUCCAUCAACAAGCCCUCUUCUAGAAACGAUACAAAAAUUCCACCUAUUGCAGGCCAAAAAUAUUAUUUGUCUAUUGAACUUAACACUGAAGGGGAAAUGAUAAAGCUGCAAGAAGUACAAUUGUUAGAUAUUAAAAAUAAUAUUAUUUUAGAAGAACGUCUUUGGAUAGUCAACACUGAAGAACAAUUUUAUGUCACAGAGCAAAUUACUCCCCCAGAACAAAUUUUUAAAAUUAGGAUUAAAGGAGUCAAAGAAGAUACGAAUGAAACCAUAUAUAGAGUAUAUCGUUCACCUGUGGCACCGCAAAUGCUUUCAGAUGAACAUCCCUUCUACGCUGCGUCUACGUAUUAUUUUCGAGAAUCAUUACGUAUCGUCUCGCAUGCUCACUCGAUAGGACAACCUGCAGUUUACUCAGCAUAUAGUAGUAGUAAGUUGACAAAACAUAACCCUGGUAUAACAAAUUUAAUAUCAUAUUAUUUAGAACUUGAUACAUUUUUAGUAAUUAAACCAUAUUUUCUGUUAACAGAACCUAUAGAAAACAAGGCACCAAUAGCAAAUAUCACGGGGGAAACAAAAUUAAUAUCUAAUUAUGGUUAUCCCUUGCAGUUAAAAUGUAUCGUGGCUGGAUAUCCAGAACCUAAAAUUAUAUGGGAAGACAAAUUAGGUUCAUCGUUGAAAUUUACGGUCUCACCAAAAAGACUUCCAUAUGAAUACAUUAGUGUAUUAUAUAUAAAUCAUAUUAUCACAAAUAAUACGUAUUUUUGUAAAGCAAGCAACGACAUUGGAAAUUAUGUAACAUCUGUUGACGUUAUAAUAAAAUCUUAUUUUGAAAUUGUGGAUGUUUCUAAAGAUAAAACUGUAAAAUACAACGAGAAGGAAACAUUAAAUUGUAAAGUUAAUGCAAUCCCUCCUGCAAACAUUACUUGGUUCCUAAAUGGCAAGGAAAUUGAGAUGAAUGAUCAAAUAAGUAUAUCAUCUGAUCGAUCUUCAUUGUUUAUCAAGCAAAUGAAGCCAAAUUAUGCUGGAAACUUUAUUUGCGAGGUACGAAAUAACUUAAAAAGAGGUAUUUAUAACAUAAAAGUGUCAAUUACAGAUAUUGAAUAUCCAAAAAUAGAUAAAAGUGUUACUGAAAUUUCUGUCGGUAAAGGAUCCAGCGUUAGUAUAUUAUGCAGAAUUUUGAAAGGUAAACCUACACCAACGAUUUACUGGUCUUUCAAACAUGAUAAAAAUGAUGUAUUUGACAAUAUUGAGGAACAUACUGAGAACUUAUACAUUGAGAAUGUAAAUUUAGGCAUGGUUGGCACUUACAAAUGUAUAGCAAAAAAUGAAAUCGGCAAAGACAAUCACGUCGUAGACUUGGUUGUUGAAUAUGCUCCUGUUAUUAAAGAUAGCAAACAUAAGAAAUUAAUCCAAAAGAUUGGUCAACAAACCACAAUCAAAUGCUUGGCAGAUGGAGUACCAAUACCAGACGUUACAUGGUCAUUGAAUGGAAUAGAAAUAAGUGAUGGACACCAAUAUCGCAUAUACAGAGAUAACACCUUAAAAUUCAAAGCUUCUGUAAAAAAUUCGGGAGAAUAUACAUGUGCAGCUGUAAACAAAUUAGGUUCCGCUAAGAAGACUACAACGGUGAAAGUUUUUGAACCAGUGACCAUAGAUGUACCUAAAGAUACUAAUAUAAGGGUGCAGGUUGGAAGUAACCUUGAAUUAUCCUGUAAUGUCAAAGGAUAUCCAAGUCCUACUAUCAAAUGGCUAUUCAUUUCAUCACAAACCAAUGAUAAAAAAUAUUUGAAAGCUUCUGAUUUGUUGGUACUUUCAAGGAUUCAGCUCCAUGCCGACGGAUUUUACAUUUGUACAGCUAAAAAUUUGGGGGGUUAUGUCAACCUAACAUAUUCAGUUCACGUAGAUGCACCUCCUGUCAUACUCACCACAUCAUCAGUGAAAAAUAUCCAAGCUGUCGUUGGAGAUCGCGUUAUAAGGAUACCUUGUUAUGCUACUGGGAAUCCUAAACCAGAAAUAAGAUGGAUGAGGAAUGGACGCCUUUUAAGUAUAGAACCUGAAUGGUACUCAGUUGAAACUGAUGGGACUCUAAUAGUAAAAAAUGUUAACAAAGCUUCUGCUGGAUCAUACACCUGUAGCGCGGAAAAUAAUAUAAGCAUAGCUAAUAAAAAUGUUAUUGUCCAGGUCGACAAUUUUCCUAAACACAAUGGUCCUAUUAAGAACAUAUAUAUAGAGGAAAAUAAGCCAGCAGAGAUCGAAUGCAACAUCCCUUAUGAGCGUACGGAUUUAGUACGGUGGUACAAGAGAAACAGAAUGAUUGCAGAAGGAAAGCUAAUAUUCUCAAAAGUAAAGACCAGUAAUCGUGGUCGCUACAAGUGCCGCGUAAGCAAUUUCGUUCAAUCCAAAACAGGCACUUGUAAUGUUAAAGUUGGACAUAAGCCAAGAUUUACGUUCGAAGCAAUUUCAAAAUUAUUCUUUGAUGAUACAAAUCGUCACUUGUAUUGCACUUAUUCUGCAGUACCAAAAGCCAAGAUAACGUGGUGGUUUAAUAAAAAGAAACUCGCUGAGAAUGAUAUGACGUAUUGUUUUGACAAUAAAGUUAGCAGCAUAGGAGAAUAUAAAUGUGUUGUUGAAAACGUGUUCGGGACAAUUGAAAAGAAGUUCAGUGUUCAAGCAAAUGAUUGCUUGUUAGAUAUUGCAAAAGAUUUUGACACAUAUCAUCCACUUGUGCUAGCCAAUGACUUUAGACUAUCUGAUUUUUAUAUUAAAGAUGGACUCUUAGCAAUACCAAUAGGUAAAAGUGCGCAAUUUAUGUGCUCUGGAGAUUUUAACAAAUUUCCAGGCACUGAAAUUAAAGCUACAUGCUUAGAAGGUAAACGUUUUAAAAUAAAUGAAGAUAUUGCAGAAUUUUCAAAAAUAAAAUGUGUUGAAAGAAUGCAACCCGUAACCUUAAAAACUGGAAAAAUAUGUGGGUACAGUAACACAGAAAUUAUUAAAAUUGGAAUAAACAUUAAAGGAGAGUUUUCGGAAUUCUAUCAGAUUUGUUUUCAUAAAUUACUGAAAGUAACAUUAUAUGCACAACAUCGGUUAAUGGUGUACGCAGCUGGAGUAAAAUCGGUGCCGACUGAAAGAUGGUUGCAUAGCGAUAUAAUUAGUUACGAUAUAAAUGAGAUGUACGACUGUGAACAGCAAAAGAAUGUCAUAUCUACACUUUUGAACAGGCCAUUUCACAGCGAAGACAUUUGCUGUUUUUCUGCGAGGCAGUUAGUAAACGAGAAGGACGUAACACCUGGCUUACCUCAAAUAUCUACUCACAGUUACCUGAACGUCUUCCCACUUUGGAAUACAUGCAAUAUGAAAAAUUGGAAUAGCUUAGAGGAGUUGCUGAGAAUGCAGACUCGAAAAAUAAACCGUGCUUUAACUAUUACGACAGGAAUAUCUUCACCACUAAGGCUCUUUGAUGGAACUUCUAAUGUUUCUAUAUAUAUAACUGAUAAAUCUGGAGAGAAGAGGCUGAUACCGCAAUUCGUAUGGAAAGUUGUAAAAGACUACUACACAGCAGCUUCGCUUGCAAUCAUUCAGGUGAAUGUGCCCGAUCUAAAAGAAGAUGAUGUGAAAUGGUAUACAGUUUGUGAUGAUAUAUGUCACAAGAUAUUCUGGAUGAAAGGCAUCAAUUGGAGCGAUGUGAAAAAUGGAUUAACAUACUGUUGCUCGACUUCGGAAUUUGAAAAAGCUUUCGGCUACGUUGCUCAAUUUAGCAGAGGCUGUAGCAAGAUUUUACAGUAUUUAGAUCCCUAA